AUGAGCGGUGUCGUCCGAUGGAGCUUUGGCUUCGCAAAGCACUUGUCGCCUUCUUUGCCGCCUGAUGUUGGGCAGACAUCAAGCGCGACCUGGACACGGCUGGUUGUGUGCUCGACGACCGUGGCAAAGCCGAGGACAGCUUGCGUGCUCGGCUUGCAGAAGACCUUGUUGCCGAUGCUGAUCGCCGUCUCUUCGCCCAGCGGCAGACUCGUGAGUAGCCGCGGAAGGCGUGUUGUCGAUAGCAGCGCAUUGCGCUGCGUCCACGCAGUAUCGAGAGCCCACUAUAUCGACGCGUCACACGUCGGUCUAAUGGUAAUAAUACGUACUUGA